AUGGAAGGGGUCCAAGCCCUGGAUGAGAAUGUGAGAAGCACACCAGGGCGGCGAUUCCCGACAAACAAGCUCUUGCUGGUGGCUGCCGUGGUCCAGGGGCUGGGGCUGCUCCUCUGUCUCACCUACAUCUGCCUGCACGUCUACGCUCCCCAGGUGCCACCUCAGUAUCCUCCAGUUCAAAGGAUCAGAGCACAAUUUACCAGCUGUGACAGUGACCAAGGUUGCCUCCUCACAUCCCCAGGCGAGGAGACCAUGACGGUGCAAGACAACUCAAUCCCCAUCAAAUGUGAUGGGUUUUAUCUCAUCUCCAUAAAGGGCUACUUCUCCCAGGAGAUCAACCUCAACCUUUAUUACCGGAGAAACCUGGAAUCCCUCUUCUCCCUGAGCAAAGUCACAUUCGUCAACUCUGUCACCGUGGCCUUUCUGGCUUACAAGGACAAAGUCUACUUGAAUGUGACCACCCACAAUACCUCGUAUGAAGACAUCCAGGUGAAUGGCGGGGAGUUAAUUCUCAUUCACCAAAAUCCUGGGGGAUUCUGUGCCGAAUGAGGACCUGACGCCCACAUGGAGGCCAGUGCCGAGCAUACAUGCCACACGGAGGGUGGGCAGGACACCGACUCUUCCUUGGGAGUGGAGGAGUCGUGCCAGCUCAGCCCCAUCUACGGCCACACAGGAUGUGACCGGAAGAUCCCCCCACCCCUACUCAGGGAUAUUUAAGACUUAUUUUAUGUAUCAUUUAACUUUAUUUAUCCUCAUAUCUACCAAACGACUCAGCCCUCCUCCCCCACACGUGCCUCACGCCUCCCAGGUGCCUCCCAGGUGCCUCCCAGGUGCCUCUGUGGGAUGCGAAAGUAGGUGCCUCCCCCCGAAGACGCACUGUUUCCACUGGGCAGGAAACCGUCGUAAUAAACUUGCUGUAUUGACAAAAACACUGGACUACCAUUUGCUAGACACUUGACACCUGGCACUGUCAACACGUGGAGGACCCGGGAGGGGGGCGAUGAGUCUGCCGAAGAGAGUGUGGACCUCCUCCUGAUAGCCGGGGCUGCCUCUCCAGCGUGGAGUUGGGUGCAGUUUGAUCGUUGCCUGAAUGCCUCUUGUUUGGUGAAGUUCAGAAGGAAAGUCACCUUGCGAGCAGCUGUCCGGACUUGGUGGAGAGAGGCAGCUAAGGCUGACUCCGUGCCCUGCCUGGGCUUGCUUUCUUUACCACUCCCCCAGUCGCCAAAUGUUCUAAAUAGAAAUUCUCUCUCAAAAGCCCACCCCGGUGAUGUGAUACGGGGAAAAAUCAAAUCGGCCAUUAAGGAAAACCAAGGAAAAGCACUCUCUAACCCAGGAGAGUGAGAGGGUUUGCUGGAGUGCACGGGAGAACCGUGAACCUGGAA